ACAUGGUUUCCAGCAGGUGCAGCUUGCCACCAGAAGUUAACUAGGAGGAGAAGGAGGCGACUAUCUAUGAUAAUUCAUGAUCAUCAUCAGCCUCAUCCUCCUCAUUGUUACAACCAUCACCAUGCGUGCUGUAGGAGAAUGGAAAUAUGCGGAGCACCCAGCUUGACACGGCAGCGGCGGCGGCAAAGACAGUCGACGCGGCCGCCGCCGCUGCCGCAGUAGUCCUUGCUGCUCUCCAGCUUGCAGCUCUUGUCGUCACUCACGUGUUGCUGCCCUUGGUGGUUCUUAUCGGCCAGCCCGUGAGCUGCGGCCGAAGCUUCUACUUCUCUUCCAGUCUUGGUGAUGACCGUCGAUCUGAAACGGAUGCACAGUCCCCAUCGACUCCUUGGCGCUCGCUUGCGAAGGCCAGUUCCGUACAGUGGCAGGCGGGGGACAUCCUAUACCUGUGCAAGGGAGAUGUAUGGUCCAAUGAACAGCUACGAGUGGUGGGGAAAGGCACGGUGGAGAGUCCCGUCACAGUGAGCGGGCAAUAUGAUUGCCGCAAUGAUAGACCUAGCGACGGUCUGCCAGUUAUUAGCGGCGCGAUUCGAUUGAAGGUCGCCGAUCUGCGACUGACCAAGUGGAAAAAGAACAAGGCCGUGCUGGUGUUCGAUCUGUCGUCCAUCUUAUCUUCGAGAACAGACCUUUCUUACUUCAGCGUUUACGUGGACAAUCAGCUAUUCUAUCCUGCGCGAUUCCCAAACUACUUGUUGCCCAAUGACACCUGGGGCAACAACCUAGAGAUGACGGACAAGUUCUGGCAGGUGGAACAGAAAGUGGAGGGGAACCAAACCAUCACGUCAUGCAAGGCGCCGAAAUCGUUCCUGGAACACCGUCUUCCGGACGGUUUCCUCGCGGGAAGCAGGGCCGUGGUGAGGGAGGGAGUCUUUGCAUGGAAGACUCCGUUGGUUAUUCGUCAUAGAGGGGACGUGGUAUGGUUGGACGAAGAAGUCCGAGGAGGCAGCAUGUACUUCGAGAACAAACUGGAGUUUCUUGAUGCUCCCAGAGAGGCGUAUUAUGACAAAAAGCGCCGGUUGCUGUACAUAUUCCCCCAUCCUGGGCAGCAGGUAGGGGAUCUGCACGUGGUGACACGAAGAUACGCAUCUGUGGUCCACGUGGCAGCAGGAUCGAGCAACGUUGUCCUGGAAAGCUUGAGGGUGGAGAAAGGACAGCACGGGAUUGCGACCGAACGGUACGAGAAAAACGACGACAACGCCGUGCGAAAUGUGACCGUUAGGGACUGCGUCAUCUCGCGCACCGUGAUCGGGAUCUGGAUGCCAUUCCCAAGGGGUCUCUUCUUGGUCCAGCGCAAUGUGGUCACCUGGGCCCUCUCAGAUUGCAUUGGCGGGUUCGAGAUGCUCGACGACGACGAAUCUCGGGCCGCCACGUAUCGGGCCGAGGGCAACGUUGUGCGGCAUUGCGGCUAUGUGAGCGGAUGGUCUCGAGCUGUGGGGUUGUACGUCAACGAAGCGAUAGGCAAUGUGGUGUCUAUGACAGCCUACGCGGGGAUCUUUGGGACGUUCUUCGCGCCCAACAGGCUGUCCAGCAACAUAGUGUUCGAUGUCUUGAUGGGCAUGGCCGACGGGGGCGGAGUGUACGUCAUCCAGACGGCAGACAAUGGGGGUCACAAGUAUAUCACCGACAACAUCAUAUCCGAUUGUUACGGAAAUUGGGCCAAUUUGGGCCUUAGAUCGGAUCCUAAGGACCGCUACUUCCUGGGUGGAUUCGGCAUCUACGUGGACGGUGCUUUGACGGGAAACGUCCACGUCAUCAACAAUUCGGUGAUCCGAUGCCGCGGCAAAGCGAUGCGGAACAGCCUUGCGCAGAACGUGGUAUGGAAGGCCAACUUCGUCUGGAACCAGCUAGGCGGCGGGUUCGAGUUCCUCACCUACUUCCCAGCUUCCAACACCGUGGUUGACGACAACGUAAUUUAUGCGAGCAGCAGGAUCUUGAGCUACAGAGGUUACGGGAUGGUUGCCAGGGGGUUGGACAUGAGCGCGGAGUAUUUCCGCUCGGUGGGGUCCUGGAACGGGAACUUGUAUUGCCCCGCGGAUCUGGAGAAAGUCAACAACUUCGUGGUUGACCCGGUCAACAGAGUCAGCGCCGAAAUGGGCUGGUCGGGGUAUCAAGCCCUGACGGACGACCCGUCCCUGCUAUGCGACGACACAAAGACGACUGAAAUUCAGGCGAAGGGCCAGAUGUACGAGCAUGUGAUCGCACAGGUUCGAGAAAGAAACGCGCAGCAAGAGCUCAAGCUGGCAAGUCUCCUCCAGGUUGCCGAGUUAGACUCACCGCCGCCGGCCGCAGAUACGGGACCACCGUCAGGGGAAGAAGGGGAGGUAGGAGGAGGAGGUGGGAGUACUCACGCUGGCAGCAAGUUGAAAGCCAUCAUCGUGCUCGCUAUGGCACUUGCUGGCUCCUUCUUGCUCUUGGUUCUGGGCUUGGGACUGACGUAUUAUUGGUGGCAGACAAGGCGGAGACAACAGAUGCAACAGAAGGAAGAGACCGAGCGGCUAACUCGGCUGCGAGCUUAUAUUCCCAAGACUGGAAUAGGCAAGCGCGUGGUGGAUGAAGCUGAUGAUAGCGAAGUGGAAGGCCUUCUGAGUGUCAACAAGAAGCGGCAUGAUUUGAAGCGGGACAUUGAACAAGGAGGAGGAAGAGAAGGGGGAGAAAGAAAGGAAAGGGAGGGGAGGGAGCUCAAGACCGACGAGAGGAGGGGUGGUAAGGAGAAGACGGGCAGACAGAAGAAGAGCGGCGGUGACACGAGGGAGAGAGGGGAAGAGAAGGGGGGGAGCGGUGGGGAGAAGACGGACGGCGAGUCGGAUGGGACACAUCGCAAGCGCGACAAACACGGCAAGCGAAGGAAGAGAGAUGAAGGCGAGCAUAGUAAGGAGAGCGAUUUAGGGGAUUUUUUAGAUGAGGAAGAGCAAGGUGCUGAGCCGAAGGAUGGCCUGUCAGGUGGUAGAAGUGCGCAUCACCGUUGGAGGGAAGGCCGCAGAAAAGGAGACAGAGAAGCUGAGAGUGAUAAGGAGGGGAGUGAUCGCGGUGGAAAAGAGCGAGGAGGGGGGAGAAAAGAUAGCCGGGGGGAGCCAAGCAGCGAGAGACUUCUGCCCAGAAGGGAGGAGAACCGCGAGCUCCCAAAGGAGAGUGGCGCGCGCAGCAAGGCGAGCGGCAGCGAGCGCAGCAAGGUGAGCGGCAAGGGCGGUAAGCUGAAUGGGCAGAGCGGCAAAGCGAGCGGUGAGGGCAGCCAGCGGAGCGGAGAGGUAAGCGACGAGGGCGAUGAGUGGAGCGAGAAGGAGGAGGGCAAGCUCAUGCAGCUGCAUAAGGAGGGUGGUGAGCGCCGCAAGGACGGCGGCGAUAUCACCAAGCAGGGCGGCGAGGUUAGCGAGGAGCAUGACGAGCUCAUGGAGGGGGGAAAGAAGCUGAGCAAGGAGGGUGGCGGGUAUGCGAUACCUGAACGUGGCAAGAGGGGCAGUGAGCUGAGCAUAGAGAGCAGCGAGCCAGGGCAGAAGGGCGACCAGGUCAGCCAGGAGCGCGCCGAGCCGAGCAAGAAGGACGGCGAGCCCGGAAAGGAGAGGGGCAAGUUCAGCAAACAGGCGGGCGAGCUUGGGAAGGAGGGGGGGGGAUCUAGGACAGGGAAGGGGGAUGACACCCGGAAAGUGAGCGGCGAUUCUGGCGAGGAGAACGGCAGUGAUUCGAGCAGCGAGGAGGGCGGCGCAAGCAGCGAGAAGGGCACCAAGCGCGGCGAAGAGCGCGAUGAGCUGCGCAAGGAUGGUGGCAAGCGCAGCCAAGAGAGUGAAGAGAGUGACAAGGUCAUCCAGGAGGCAAGCAUUCGCAGCAAGAAGAUCGCGGGGGAUUCCGUCAAGGAGAGCCCCAAGCUGAUCAAGUUGAUUGCUGCGCUCAGCAAGGAUGGUGAAAGCGCAAGAGACAGGAAAAGAGGAGAAGACGAUAGACGUGGAGCAGCGGUGGUUGUAAAAGAGGGGGGAGGAAGUGAUCGUAGCAAAGGGCACAGUGAGCGCGGCAAAGAUGGUGGUGAUAGGGAGGUUGUGAGUAAGCAGGAGGACCGAAAACUGCAGAGCCCAAAGGAAAGCAGAAAGGAAGAGAGCGACAAAGACCGAGAAAGCGCAAGAGACAGGAAAAGAGGAGAAGACGAUAGACGUGGAGCAGCGGUGGUUGUUAAAGAUGGGGGAGGAAGUGAUCGCAGCAAAGGACGCACUGAACGCGGCAAAGAUGGUGAUAGGGAGGUUGUGAGUAAGCAGGAGGACCGAAAACUGCAGAGCGCGAAGGAAAGCAGAAGAAAGGAAGAGAGCGACAAUGAAGGAGAAAGCGCAAGGGACAUGAGACGAGGAGGAGAAGGUGAUAGACAUGGAGCAGUAGUGGAAAGAACAGGGCAAGAGGGAAUGAAAGAAAGGAAAAGAGAGGGAGGUAGGGAUGGAGAACAAGAUGGGGGGAAAGAGAAGAAGAGAGGGGCAGAGGAUGAUAGAGAGCGAGAAAGAAAGAAAGAUGGCAGAGGGGACGACAGGGACGGAGAAAGUGGGAGAGUGAGGAGAACGGAGGAGGAUGACAGAGAGGAGAAGGAGGGGAAACAACAAAGGAUAAGGGAGGAGGGUGAUAGGGUGAGAGAAGUUGGGAAAGAGAGGAGAAGGUACGAUAGGGAGCGAGAAGGAGGGAAUGGCAGGAGAGAGGAAGAGGGUGAUAGAGAGCGAGAAAGAGUGAGAGAUGGACGAGAGCGGAGAGGAGAAGAGAGUGACGGGCGAGCUGAAAGUGGGAGGGAUGGGAGAAAAGGGGACAGAGAAGGAGGAGGAGGCAAAGAAGGCGGGAUAGAGAGGAGGAGGGGAGAGAUAGACGUGGAGCGAGCAGGUGGAAACGACAGGAGAAGGGGGAAGAUUGACAGUGAGGAAGAAGGUAAGAAAGAGAGGAGAAGUGAUGAUGGAGAGCGAGGGAGUGGCAAACAUAAGGAAGGGGAAGAGGGUGAUAGCGAGAGAGAACGAGGAGGCGGGAAAGAUAGCGGAAGGGAAGAACUUGGUGGUAGAGGAGAAGAAGGUGGCAAAGAGAGGAGAAGGUACGAGAAAGAGCGAGAAAGCGGGAGAGAGAGGGGACGGAAAGAGGAUGGCCGUGGUCUCGAUGGGCAGUAUUCCAGCCCAGACUUGGACAGAGAGAGAGAAGGGGGUGGGAAAGAUAGCAGAAGGGACGGAAGAGAUAAAGAGAGAAAAAAAGAAGAUGAUGACAGAGAACGGGGUGGUGGUAAAUACCGAAAAACAAAAGAGGAUGACAAAGACCGAAAGAACCGGAGAGAGCGGGGAGUAGACGAUAGAGAGGGAGAAGUUAGACAGGACAGGAAAAGUGACGGCAGGGAGGGAGAGAAAACUGCGGAGGAGAGGAGAAUGUUUGGCGGAGAGCGAGAAAUGGGAAAAGAAAUGGAAACAGACGCGGGAGACAGGAAGCGAGGUGGGAAGGAGGUGCCGACGGAAGGGGGUGACAUAGAGCGAGACUUCGGGAGAGAGAGGAGGAGGGAUGGCAGAGAUAGAGAAACAGGGAGAGAAGAUAGCAGAAAGGAAGAGGAUGAGAGGAACCCUAGGGAGCGAGAAACCAGGCAAGAAAGACAAACGCAAGGGGGUCACACAGAGGGAGAAGCCCGGAAAGAGAGGAGAACGGACCACAGGGGGGAGGAAACUCGAAGAGAGAAGAGAAUGGAAGAGGUUGACAGAAAGCAAGAGGGUAGGAGAGAGAUGAGAUCGGAAGAGGGUGUCGGAGAUGGAGAAGCCAGGAAGGAGAGGCGAAAGGAAGAAAGAGGGAAAGAGAGGAGAAAGGAAGAGGAUGACAUAAAGCGAGAAGGUGGGAAAGAGAGGAGGAAGGAAGAGGGUGACGAAGAGCGAGCAAUUGGGCAAGAGAGAAGAAGGGAUGGCAGAGAGCGUGAAACAGAGCAGGAGGGUGAAAGGAAGGAAGAGAGUCACAAGCGAGAAAACAGGCAAGAAAGAAGGGACGACACAGACCGAGAAAAUGGCAAAGGAAGGAGAAGGGAGCAGGGUGACAGAAAGCGAGAUGGUGGGCAAGAGGGGAGCACAGAAGAGGGUGUCAGAGAGCGAGAGGUUGGGCAAGAGAGAAGGCGGCACGAUAGGGAGCAAGAAAUUGGGAAAGAUAAGAGGAAGGAAGCAGAUGAUCGAAGCCGAGAAGGCGAGAGAGAGAGGAGGAAGGAAGAGGGACAACAGAGGAGAAAGGAAGACACAGAGCGGGAAACCGAGAAAGAAAAGAGGAGGGACGAGGAUGACAAAAAGGGAGAGGGUGGGAAAGAGAGGAGGAAGGAAGAGAGUGACAAAGAGCGAGAGGUUGAGCUUGAGAAAAGGUAUAACAGACAGCACGACAUUCAGAAAGAGAAGAUGGGCGAAGAUAAUGACCGAAAGGGAGUAGGUGGGAAGGAGAGAAGAGCGGCAGAGGGUAACCUAGAGCAAGUUGUUGGGCUGGAGAGAAGAGACAACAGAGAGCGAGGAAAUGGAAAAGACAAGAAAAAAGAAGAGGAUGACAGAAUACGAGAAGGCGGAAAAGAGGUGAGAACGGAAGAGGGUCACAGAAAGCGAGAAACAGGGAAAGAGAAGAUAAAGGUAGAGGAUGACAGAAAUCGAGAACGCGGCGAAGCGAGUGACGGAGAGCGAGAAGGCUCGAAAGAAGCAAGGAGGGAGAACAGAGAGCGAGAGAUAGGGAAACAAAGGAAGGGGGAAGGAGAUGGCGGAAAGCAAAAAGUUGGGAAAGACAGGAUAAGGGAAGAGGCAGACAGGGAGCACAAAGAUAAGCAAGAGGGUGGGAGGAAUGACAGAGAACGACAAGGUGGAAAAGAGAGUGACAGACAUCGAGAAAGUGGGUAAGAGAGGACAAGGGAGGAGGAGGAGGACAAGGAGCGAGAAGGUACGAGGGUCUACUAUUUUUGUCCAUGUUGCUCUUCCAUCCAAUCAUGGCAAUUGUAGGAUUUUUCACCUCAUAAUGAGCUGUAAUCAAAACCCUAAACCAGA